AUGUUACCCGACGAAAUCAUCGCGCAGCUAACGGCUGAAUUCACAUGCCGCGAUCAGCAAAUACGGCAUCUAGCUGCACUCUAUAGCGCGCAUCUCCCAUCUCCACCCUUUCUAAACAUCCACAGCCUUACAGCAACUGGCAAAUCCUCGAUACUGCGAUCUUUCUUCCAUCUAUCUCGCAUACAGCACACGAUUAUCAAUGUUCGCGAAUGCAUAACGGCACGGCAUCUCCUGGAGCGCAUUGUUGCAGCUAGUUUAGAUGCGCUCGAUGAGUUCAAUGACGACAAGGUUGAUAGGAGACCGUAUGCACGUACAGAGAACCUGAGCGCGCUAUGCGUCAAUAUGGAAAAGUUGUUGGAGGGUAGAGAUAAAUUCGUGCUGGUGUUGGAUGCGGUGGAUAAGUUGAGGGAAGGGGGUGGGACCCUGAUCGCUGCGCUGGGACGACUGGGAGAGAUGAUACCAAACCUUUCCCUCAUCCUGACGACAACCCUCCCACUUGCGCCCUCGGUACUCCAUUCGUCAUCGGCAUCCUUCUUACACUUUCCAUCAUAUGCGCGCAGCGAACUUCUUACCAUACUUGGUGCCAACCCACCGAAGAUCUUCCUUCAACCACCCACUCUAGAUCAAUUCCCAGAUUAUACACCCGAUCUCGCUGCCGAAGACGACACCUGGCUAUGGGGUCGUUUCCUACAAGCCGUCUACGAUUCUCUCGCAAAACACACAGGAAGAGACCUCAUAAGCUUCCAGAGCUGCGCAAUGCGACUAUGGCGCCCUUUCGUUGAGCCAGUAGUAUCAGGACAGUUCGGCACACGCGACUUCUCCCGCUUGAUGGUGAACAGACGCCAUCUUUUCCAACUUGAAGACUCGGUCCUGGAUCGAAUCAUUGCCGAUACUACCGAACCUACAAAAGACGCUGCACUGGCAAGCCUCACCACACCUGCGACGCCUAGCAAGAAGAAAAUGGCGAAUAUGACGGCGCAUACCCUUCCCUACUUUACAACACAUAUCCUCCUCGCUGCGUACCUAGCGUCCUACAAUCCCUCGCGAACCGACGUAACAUACUUCAUGAAACACACGGAUAAGCGGAAGAACAAGCGUCGCGCACCCGGUGCCGCGUCUUUCAGCGUUACUGGGAAGCGUACCGGAGCUAAGCAUCGGAAGAUUAGUCGGCAUCUGUUGACGCCAAGUCCGUUCACUUUGGACAGAUUAUUAGCCAUUUUCAGGGCAUUGCUUGAAGGAACGGUACCACAAGUAGCAGACCUAUACACACAGAUAGCCACGUUGACUAGUAUGAGAUUGCUUGUGAGAGCUGGAGCAGGAAGUAACGAUGCACUUGAAGGAGGUGGUCGAUGGCGCGUGAACUUUGGAUGGGAAUAUGCACGCGCACUGGGCAGAAGCGUAAACUUGGAAGUAGGCGAAUAUCUCGUUGGUGGUGUAGACUAG